UUUGGAAAAGUUUUUUUUAUUAAUGCUUAUUGCGUGAUACUUACCCAAUCAAUCAUUUCCUUUUUGCACUGGCCAGGAGAAGUCUAUCAACAACGCUUCACUCAGCCUAUACAACCUCCGGACCAGUUUAUUCGGGUCGUCGAUCGUCUUCAAGCACGGCCCAACUCACAUCUUGUCUUCCCAACAUCCAAUUUAGACAGUGUCGUCUCGCCCUCGUCAUCUUCUUCCACAAUAUCUUUUGCUCCUCCAUCCUCAUCCACUACUGUUUCCUCUACCUCUCCCUAUGCCCAUGGGGCUAUUCCUCACUCCACAAUUACUUUCUCCAAUAGAACCGGGGCCCUGACGACUUCACCUUCCCCGUCAUCUUUCAUGCCUUCCUUUUCAUCUUCAUCUUCAACAGUGUCACAUUCUAAUCUUGUAUCUUCAGCAGUAAGAAGUGCAUCUCCUAUGCGCUCAGUCACGGUCUUGGGUCAGACUCGCUGCAAUCCAGCCACUGUGAUCGCUCUGACCCCCAUCGGUCAGUCUGCCAGUUCUCGGAGCGUCUAUUCGCCCCAACUAGUUCGCCUUAACUCGCCCCGUCUUUUGCCCGUCGUCCGACCUUGUUUGCCUUCUGCUAUCAUCAGGACAUCGCCAACAACAAUUCCCACUGUCGGUUCGCACAUUGUUCCAACCACAUGGACCGGACCAUCUGCUGUUGCACGGCCUCAGUGCAUCAGUCAGCUCCAGAUGGCGCCAUGGCUACAUCUCAAUGCAUCCACUGCAGAUGUGGAAAUGAAGUCGCCAAUCAUCUUAAGUUCCGCAGGACCGGCUGAAUCUGAUAAACCAGCCACCUGGCGGCCUUCGGGAGGCCUUGAUGUAAACCGGCCUCUACCACGACGCAUUCUGGUCACCUGUCUCCCAUCCUCAUCGACCGUAGCCUCCUCUCCAUCUUCUUCAAGUUCGCCUUUAAUAACAGCGCGACUGGGACAGACUGUUGUUGAAUCUUUGGGCGCUGAGCAACUGGUGGAUUCAGACUCACAAACGAAUUGCAACUAA